AUGGAAACUUCUUCAAAAUCCUUGGGAGACGAUAGCAGGUUUCAAAGUAAUGAACCGUCAAAUCCUUCGAGUUUAUUUAAUACUACCAAUCGAGCUUCUGAGAUCCUUCUUCAGAGGGGACCGAAGGAAUUAACAGGAGAAGCAAUUUGCAUGAUUUGCUUGAUUUCUGCUGUCUUGCUCCUCGCAUUCCUAGGAACGUCAGUCACUAUUUAUCAAUUUUUCUUUAAAGACAAGGAAGAAAAGAUUAAAUCUCUCAGAAAUGACAGCAGUGGGAAUUUUACAAAUAAAGUGACUGUAUUUGAAAAGGGAAAGAAGUCAAACCAAGAUCCAGCUUGGCUGGAAGACUUCAAAUCUUUUCUCAAGUGCUUUUGUUUGAUUGACAACGGAAGAAAAAUUCUAAACUUCGCUUCCUCAAAAGAACAGAUUGAGUAUUUUAACGGACUACGAGUUAUCGGUACUGCCUGGGUAAUUUUGAUUCAUACUGGCACAGUAUAUACUCAAAAAUUAAAAAAUGAGGAAGAGAUAAAGCCUUUCCUACAAUACAAAGCAGCGCAGUUUUAUCUUAAUGGAAGCUUUGCAGUUGAUAUAUUUUUUGUCAUCAGCGGAUUUCUGAAUGCUUAUUGUUUUUACUACAAGUAUAUCAGAAGCAAUGGAGAUAUAUCUUGGACUUUUUUCUAUUUGAAGCGAUAUUUAAGGUUGACUCCUUUGUACAUGAUUGUCCUGGGAUUUUACACUACUCUGUUCAGCUACACAGGAACGGGUACUGCAUGCCCAACAUACGAUACGCAUCCAGCCUGCAAGAAACAAUGGUGGUGGCACUUUCUUUAUCUCAAUAACUUUACAAAGGUUCAAAAUACGUGUAUGGGAUGGACUUGGUAUUUGGCAGCUGACAUGCAGUUUUACAUUAUCAGUCCUUUAUUUAUGAUUUCAUUAAUAAGGAGGCCACGCUUCGGAUGUGCCUUGACAUUUGUCACCAUCUGCGGAUCAUGUGUUACUAACUUCUUGCUGACUUACCAGUUUGAUCUGAUAGAUGGAUUUUCACGCCUUGAAUUUCACUUAGGGGAUCCCCAUUUUGCGAAAAGAUUUUCUGAAUUUGUUAAUAUCGUGUAUGUGAAACCUUACACUAGAAUAUCAGCUUAUUUGGUUGGACUCCUAUUAGCCAUUUUUUUGUGUCAGGCAAGGAUCAACAAGAGAAGAAUAAAAAAUAGUAUGGUGACGUUGUAUUGUGGAUGGAUCACAACUGUCUGUUUCAUGUGGAUUUGUAUUUUCUCACUAUAUAAAAGAGAAGAAGUGCUAAGUGAGACAGCUUUCUAUAAUGGUACAAAACAUUUGUUUUUCUCUCUCAGUUUAGCGUGGAUGAUUUAUGUUCUCUAUACUGGACAAGCAGAGUUAAUCAACAGAUGUCUGUCUUGGAAUGGCUUCCUCCCUCUUUCCCGGUUGUCUUACAGCGUUUACUUAAUUCAUAUGCUCAUAGUGACGAGACGAAUUCAGCAGACUGAAGGUGGGAUGGAUUUCAGUUACAUGUUUUGGAUAUCACUGUAUAUUUAUACCUUUUUCUGGGGAUAUGUUGCUGCCUUUAUAGCAUCACUGCUGUUUGAAAUUCCUACCAUAAACUGUCUGGAUUGGUUGAGUAAGAAGAAAAAGAAGGAGAGGUCAAAUUGAUACAUUGUAAAUGGAUGAUAAAUACUCAGAUUCAUUGUUAUAUCCACAAGAUCUCUUAAUUCACCUAUCUAUUACCAUGAAAAUGAAAGUUUGCCUGACAAUAUUUGAAAAAUAAUAAUAAUAUUU